CGUGUCUCCCCGCCCUGUAACUACAACCCACACCAUUCGCCAGUCAAUUGCAGCCGGGGGUUCUCUUUCUGUGUUGUGUUCUCCCUGUACUUAUAAGGUUUAUCCUGUACGGACAGACGGCCGGCCAUCUCUUUGAGAGAUCGAGAUUUCGAAAAUGCGAUUCAAGACGGAGCUCAAAAACAUCCGUACCUUUUCCAAGCUCACCGCUGCUCUCAACUCGCUCGAGAAGAUCGCAUGGGUUCGCCUAGACGAUGAAACGGCACGCUUCACCGUCAUUCCCGACACGGGUUCUCAAGUCUGGUCUUCUCUACCCAUGGACUUCAUCUUUGACAGCUAUCAUAUCCAAUCCGCCGAAGAGCACAACACCAUCAAUCUAGAGCUGCCACUGCAACCCCUCCAACGUGCUCUACGUUCUGCACUUAACAGCACCUCCGCCUCGCUGCGUCUGACCAAGAAGGAUGGAAUCCCCGUACUAUCCAUAACCAUCACGACCACGACGAACGCCUCCUCGGGUUCAGCUCUCCCGGGCCGCAAUGCCGCCUACGCCGGUCUUGAAAAUGACCCUUUUGACGAGGACGACCAAGGAUUCGCAGCUGAGCAUCUAGAGACGUCUCUGCGCCGCGAGCGCGAGAAGAUCAUCACCCAGGACAUCCCCGUGCGGGUGCUGCAUCCAGAGACGGUAGAGACAAUCAUGCAGCCCACGGUGCGCGAGACAGACGUGCACAUCACCAUGCCGCCUCUGCUCCAGCUCAAGGCCAUCUCGGACCGCUUCACCAAGCUCGCCGUCUCGUCCGGCACAAACUCCCGCGUGAGUCCCAAGCUGGAGCUCAGCGCCAACAUGUUUGGUAACCUGAAGCUCCGGAUCGCCACCGAGGCCGUCGACGUCUCGAGUACGUGGUCCGGGCUCGUCAAUCCGGAGCUGGACCCCACGCAGCUGGAGAUGCCUGUUGAUGAGCAUCCGAGUGUCAAGUUCAAGGAGGGCGGCCCGGAGAAGUGGGCGACGGUGAGGGUGGAUGGCAAGGACUGGAGCCGGGUGUUGAGUGUAGGGCGGCUCGAGGGGAGAGUCGUUGCUGCUUUUGCGGACGACCAUGCUUUGAUUCUGUACGUUUACGUGCCGCAGUAUGAUGAUGCUACUGCAGACGACGCCGUACUCACUUACUACGUGACAUCGUUCAGCGCUUGAGCUGUGUUUGAGAUUUUGUACUGUCAAUGACGGGAUUGGAGUUAUUGCAAAAUGGCGUUCAGGUUGAUGAACAAUAGGUAUAGUGAGGUAGAUGUCGGCAUUUAGUUGAGCCUCAACGGCUGGAUCAAUCCGCAGACCAGGUUGAAGAUGAGUCCUGAAAUGGGAUUCUGUCAUCGCAAAGUCACUAGUCAAAACGUCCCUGUCAAAUCAUAAUGCGUUGUAGAUACGCAUUCGAUGACAUUGUGACCAGGCACGUAUUGAUUGUUGGUUCCCGUUCAACGCCAAUUUGACAGCGGGUGCUCCUGUGG